UUUGCGGGAGACCAAGAAAGGAGCCGCCUUUUUAGCUUCUUCUCUCGCAGGGUUAAUUCCCCGCGCACAAAUUUUAGCCCUUUUUCUUUCUAUGGCUUCCCGCGAUCCGACCACACGCCCGCCUCCCCUCCAUUCUUGGGGUUUGCUCGGGAGCUGGAAGGAAUCGCAUGGAGUGAAUACCUUUUGGGAGCUGGAGGAAGGAAGAGGAAACGAAAUCUGCCCCCUUUUUGAUAGAAAAAAGGUCUGCAAAAAUUCAGGAGGGGGUGCGAGAAAUAAGCAGGGACAAGAAUACACUGAAUUUGUAAGGCAAUGUCUAGCUUCGUUGGUGUUCUUGUCUCCGACCCAUGGCUUCAGAGCCAGUUCACCCAAGUGCAGCUACGAACUCUCAAAACCAAAUUUGCGUCUGUGAAGAACUCGGAUGCUGAUCAUGUAGCUAUAAAAGAUUUGCCACCGGUAAUGGAGAAGCUUAGGGGCAUCCAUGAGGUUCUAUCCGAGGAAGAGAUUAGCAAAUUUUUGCGCGAGUCUUACCCUGAUAUGAAUCAAACAAUAGAGUUCGAGCCAUUCCUCAGGGAGUACUUAAAUCUUCAGGCAAAGGGGGCCAGCAAAACUGGUGGCAAAAAGAAACUGAAGGGAUCUGUUUCUUUUUUGAAGGCCUCAACAACUACUCUCAUGCACGUCAUUAAUGAGUCUGAGAAAACUUCUUAUGUCAAUCAUAUCAACAAUUUCCUGGGAGAGGAUACUUUCCUGAAGAAUUUCUUGCCUUUGGAUCCAGCAUCAAAUGGAAUAUUUAAUCUUGUCCGUGAUGGUGUGCUACUUUGCAAAUUGAUCAACGUUGCUGUUCCGGGCACAAUCGAUGAGAGAGCAAUCAAUACAAAGAAGGACCUUAAUCCGUGGGAGAGGAACGAGAAUCACACCCUUUGUCUUAACUCUGCAAAGGCUAUUGGCUGCACAGUUGUUAACAUUGGCACACAGGAUUUGAUUGAAGCUAGACCCCAUCUAGUUCUUGGUCUGUUAUCCCAAAUUAUAAAGAUACAACUGUUAGCUGAUCUGAAUUUAAAGAAGACACCUCAGUUGGCAGAGUUGGUGGCUGAUGACAAUAGCAGGGAAGCAGAGGAGCUGGUCACAUUAGCACCAGAUAAGAUGUUGCUCAAAUGGAUGAACUUCCAUCUCAAGAAAGCAGGGUACAAGAAAACUGUGACGAACUUCUCUACUGAUGUUAAGGAUGGUGAAGCAUACGCUUACCUUCUCAGCACCCUUGCUCCUGAACUUAACUCAACACCCAUGAUAGAAACUUCAGAUCCUAAUGAAAGGGCAAAGAAAGUUCUUGAAACUGCAGAAAAGCUCGAGUGUACUAGAUAUGUAACGCCUAAAGAUAUUGUGGAGGGUUCUGCAAAUCUCAACUUGGCCUUUGUUGCCCAAAUAUUCCAGCACAGAAAUGGUCUGUCCGACAACAAUGUAGCUCCUGUUGUUGAAGAUACUCCUGAUGAUGUUGAAGCAUCCAAGGAAGAGAGAGCGUUUCGCUUGUGGAUCAACAGCCUUGGAAUUGCAACUUAUGUUAAUAAUUUGUUUGAGGAUGUAAGGACUGGAUGGGUCUUGUUAGAGGUUCUUGACAAGAUUUCUCCAGGAAUAGUUAAUUGGAAGCAAGCUUCUAAACCACCAAUCAUUAUGCCUUUUAGAAAGGUGGAGAACUGCAACCAAGUUGUCAAAAUUGGAAAAGAGUUGAAAUUAUCUCUGGUGAACGUAGCAGGAAAUGACAUUGUUCAAGGAAAUAAGAAGCUAAUUCUAGCUUUCUUGUGGCAACUCAUGAGGACCAGUAUCCUACAAUUGCUAAAAAACUUGAGAACCCACUCCAAAGAGAAAGAGAUAACUGAUGCUGAUAUUCUCAUUUGGGCAAACAACAAGGUCAAAGAAUCAGGCAAAACGUCACAUAUUGAAAGCUUCAAGGACAAGAGCAUAGCAAAUGGGGUGUUCUUCCUUGAGCUUCUGAGUGCUGUCCAACGCAGGCAUGUUGACUGGAGUUUGGUCAAGAAGGGGGAGGAUGAUGAGGAGAAGAAACUGAAUGCCACAUACAUCAUCAGUGUUGCUAGGAAGCUUGGAUGCACUGUCUUCUUGUUGCCAGAGGACAUAAUGGAGGUAAAUCCAAAGAUGACCCUGGUUCUUACUGCAAGCAUCAUGUACUGGAGUGUGCAGAAGCAAGGGCCUUACCAGAGCCCUGACCAAUCCGCUUCUUCCAUGCCACCGGAGACCCUUGCCGAGGAAGAGGAGGAAGACGAUGAAGAGGAUUUCGAGGAAGACGAAGAAGAGGAAAGCAUUGAGGAUGGUGUCUCCAAUCUGACAACUUGAUGAGACUGUCACAGCUAACCAAUGUGUACGCUGUACACGGUCAAUUUUGCCGGUUUAAACAUGGAAGCUGUGUUACAAGAAAAUCAAAGCUGCCGGCUAUCUGCAAAGAAGGGAAGUUUUGGUGAAAAUUUGGUUCGUUCUUUGCGUGAUAUACAAAGGUUACGCGUGAUUGCAUUGCAUACGCGGCGUAAGCUUGUAUGCAACCACUCCGCUUUAUAAAGUUGAAGAGAUUGUAUAAAGUCCCUUUUCCCUAUUUGGUCUCCUUAAUUCGGAUUAGAGGAGUUUUAGAGAAAUUUCGAGUGAACUGGACUAAUUUAUGUAAAAACCAUGUGAAUUUUCGUGUUCCAGAGAAACAAGAUCUCCAAUGGCAGAUCGAUUGAUUACAAUUUUUUUA